AUGGCCUGCCUUGCCACCAGCUUCUGCGGAUUCCCCAGCUGCUCCACCGGUGGGACCUGUGGCUCCAGCUGCGGCCAGCCCAGCUGCUGCCAGCCCAGCUGCUGCCAACCAUCCUGCCCCCAGACCAGCUGCUGCCAGCCCAGCUGCCCCCAGAUCAGCUGCUGCCAACCAACCUGCUCCCAGACCAGCUGCUGUGGAACCAGCUGUGGCCAGGAGGGCGGCUCUGGAGCUAUGUUCUGCCGCACCCGCUGGUGUCGCCCUGACUGCCGCGUGGAGGGCACCUGUGUGCCUCCCUGCUGUGUGGUGAGCUGCACUCCUCCAACCUGCUGCCAGCUGCACCAUGCCCAGGCCUCGUGCUGCCGCCCCUCCUACUGUGGCCAGUCCUGCUGCCGCCCAGCCUGCUGUUGCCACUGCUGCCAACCUUCCUGCUCUGAGCCCACCUGUUGA